AUGGCGUUCCAAUCGCCCCUCAUCUCCAUUCCCAAGAAGACAACUACCGAUGUCGAUUGGACGGGCCCUAUCCGGUCCAUCAUCGCCCAGUCCUACGGCGAGGACCCCAAGAACUACACUGAGGAGUGUGCGGUAUUACAGAGGUGUAGGCAGGAUGCAGUUCGAGGCGCAGGAAGCGAUACCACCGCUCGAGACCUGAUCUACAAGUACUUUGGCCAGCUCGAGCUCCUCGAGCUUCGCUUCGCCGAGAUCAAAGUCACCUUCCCGUGGAACGACGCCUUCACUGAAAAGCUCACUACCCAAACCUCCCUCGCUUUCGAAAAAGCCAGCAUCAUCCACCUCCUCUCCUCGGUCCUCUCCGCCCUCGCCUCGUCAUCCUCCCGUGCGGACCCCGAAGGCCUCAAGCGGGCCUACUACAAUUCGCGAGCCGCAGCGGGAAUGCUCACUUACAUCAACGAGAACUUCCUCCACGCCCCUUCGACUGAUCUCAGCCGCGAGGUCGUCCACUUUUGCUGUGGCGUGACCAUGGCACAGGCGGCGGAGAUCUUUACGGAGAAGCUGGUGGACGAGAAGAAGGCACCGGGACUGGUGGCUCGGUCAGCAAACCAGACGGCGGGGAUGUACGCGGCGCUCGUCGAGGAGAUGAAGGACUUUCAGGGGAAGGGGAUCAUGGACCGAAACUGGAUGUUCAUUGUCCAAAUCAAGGCGAAGCUCUUUGCGUCGCUGGCGCAGUACUACCGGUCUACGGCGGAUGCAGCGGCGGGGAAACAUGGGGCAGCGCUCGUACGCAUGAAGAUGGCGGAUACGGCGGCACUGGAGGCGCAGCGACAAGCGACCGGGUUCUUUUACUCGUUCGUCGCUGCUUCUACGCCCACCUUGCCGUCCGACGCCUCGACAAGUCUGCAGGAGAUCACCAAGGCGCACGCGACGUUGUGCAAGGAGGCGAAGGACCAGGCGUCACGGAACAACGACCUCAUCUACCAUGACAUCCUACCGUCCGAGGCGAGUCUACCGGCCAUCGAGAAGCUGCCGACCGCACCGGCGGUGACGAUCCAAGAGAUCUACGCCAACCCGGACGUAUCGAAACUCAUCGGGCCGGACAUCUUUGGCCGGCUUAUCCCGCUCGCGGUGCACGAGUCGGCCUCGGUAUACUCGGAAGAAAAGGCCAAGCUGGUCCGGUCCGAAGUGGAGCGGGUGGAUAUGUCUGAAGGGGAGAUCAGGGCUGGGCUGGAGCAUCUGGGUCUGCCAGGACUUGUCAGCCAGUGGAGGCGGAUAUUGGACAGUGAUGAAGGGGAAGAAGGGGAGGUGGAGCUCAGCAGCGCGGUCAGGAGACUGGCUGAGGAGGUGCAGCGGGGCGGAGCUAUCGAGCCGAUGCUGAGGGAACUUGAUGGGGAGAGGGAGAAGGCAGAGAGAGAGCUAAGAGAGCUGACGGCCAUGCUGGAUAACGAGAGCAGAGAUUGUGAGCGGAUGCGCGCGAAAUUCAACCCUCAAUUCACUCAAUCUCCCUCAGGCCCCCACACCGCCCACUUCCGCAACAACAUAAGCUCCAACCUCGGCUCCCUCCAAGCCGCGGCCUCAUCAGACUCGAACGUCCAGUCUCUGUGGAGGGAUAUCCGAGACCAAGUCGGCGCACUGUCUGGCGGGCCAUCUGCCCUUUCCCGCGUGGCCGAGGAAGUCGCCGCGGGCAAGCAGAUGAAGGCAGCCAGUAACGGCCCGAGUCUGCUCGAUCUCCAGGAGGAUAUCUCGGCGCCGUCGGGCGGUGUAGACCCAAGGGAGAUGGAGGAGCUGGGGAGGGCUAUCAGUGAUGCGUCAGACCGGCUGGACCGGUUGAGCAAGAUCAGGCGGGAGAGGGAUGAGGUAUUGAAGGAUCUCAAAGAGAAGCUGCAAAGCGACGAUGUGUCCAAUCUACUCCUCCUGAACAGAAGAGCUCAGAAUGUCGAGCCCCAGCUCUUCGCCACCGAGCUCGAAAAGUUCCGGCCGUACCAAUCCCGGAUCGCGUCUGCCGUCGCGGCGUGCCAAAGCGUCUUGCAGGAGCUAGAGAUGCUCGUACACCAAGUGGAGAAGGGCAAGGGGAUGAAGGAACGGUCACGCUCAACUCGAGACCGCACGCGCCGGCUCAGGGACUGGGAGAGGAGCCUCGAGUCUGUUGGCGAGCAGUACAGCGAGGUCAGAGCGGGUCUUGGGAAGGGUCUGGGCUUCUACGAAAGUCUCGGGGGCGUGAUUGAGGAGCUCAAGAGGGAGGUCAAGGGGUUUGUGAGCACGAGGGAGGGCGAACGAGGGCGGAUGGUGAGCGAGAUUGAAAUGAGGCAGAGGAUCUCCGGUGGUGGGUCUCCACCGCCUCUCCCGAGCUCGAGCUCCAGGGGGAUCGAGAGUCAGCUGGCGGGGAUGUCGUUAGGCGGAUCAGGGGGGUACGGCUCGGCUUCGGGCUCAGGAUCAUCCGCGUACCCCAACUCGCCGUCGGGUCCAUAUGUCCCCCCGCCACCAAAGCCGGUCUCGUCCUACGGCUCGAUGAACUCUUCGUUGCCGAAUCCACCGCCUCCUCCUUCUCAAGCUCGACCCGCAUACCCGGCCUACACUCCUCCUCCACCAUCGUCCGCUUCGUACCCCGCUCCGCCCCCUCGUCCCUCGCAACACUCGUACGACUCGUACGGCUCCUCAUCAGCGCAGCCAUCGUACGGCUAUCAGUCGCCGGCCCCAAAUCAUCCACCCCCACCACCACAACCAUCAUACCCCUCAUACACCUCUGCUCCGGCUUAUCCCGCCCCGCCCUCUCAACCCGCCCGACAGACUUCAUCAUCAUACUACCCGACUCCACCGCCCGCACACCAGUCGUACGCCCCUCCGCCUCAGCAACAGCAGCACAGCUAUCCGUCGCAUCCGCCACCGGGCCAGCCUAGCUACUCGGCGUAUCCUCCCCCUGCUCCAGUUCCGCAGGGGUAUCCGUCAGGUCCGCCGCCUCCGCACGCAGGGUAUAGCGGAUACGCUAGUCCGCCGCCGCAGCAACAGCCUAAUCAGUAUGGGCAAGGUGGGUAUGGGUACCGUUGA